GGGCUCCUCCAGCUUCGCCGCCGCCGCCGCCGCCACCGCCGCCGCCACCGCAGCCCGCGGAGGACCUUCCCGAGCCUGAAGCCGCCGGCUCUGCGCGCAAGGAGGCGAGCGAACAAGGAGGGGCCGGGGCGAGCGAGGGAGCACAUUGGCCCCAUCUGGCGGAGCGGCGGCGGCGGCGGCAGGAGAAUGGCAUCAGAACUGGCAAUGAGCAACUCUGACCUGCCCACCAGUCCCCUGGCCAUGGAAUAUGUUAAUGACUUCGAUCUGAUGAAGUUUGAAGUGAAAAAGGAACCGGUGGAGACCGACCGCAUCAUCAGCCAGUGCGGUCGUCUCAUCGCCGGGGGCUCGCUGUCCUCCACCCCCAUGAGCACGCCGUGCAGCUCGGUGCCCCCUUCCCCCAGCUUCUCGGCGCCCAGCCCGGGCUCGGGCAGCGAGCAGAAGGCGCACCUGGAAGACUACUACUGGAUGACCGGCUACCCGCAGCAGCUGAACCCCGAGGCGCUGGGCUUCAGCCCCGAGGACGCGGUCGAGGCGCUCAUCAGCAACAGCCACCAGCUCCAGGGCGGCUUCGAUGGCUACGCGCGCGGGGCGCAGCAGCUGGCCGCGGCGGCCGGGGCCGGCGCCGGCGCCUCCCUGGGCGGCAGCGGCGAGGAGAUGGGCCCCGCCGCCGCCGUGGUGUCCGCCGUGAUCGCCGCAGCCGCCGCGCAGAGCGGCGCGGGCCCGCACUACCACCACCACCACCACCACGCCGCCGGCGGCCUGCACUUCGACGACCGCUUCUCCGACGAGCAGCUGGUGACCAUGUCGGUGCGCGAGCUGAACCGGCAGCUGCGCGGGGUCAGCAAGGAGGAGGUGAUCCGGCUGAAGCAGAAGAGGCGGACCCUGAAAAACCGCGGCUAUGCCCAGUCCUGCCGCUUCAAGAGGGUGCAGCAGAGACACGUCCUGGAGUCGGAGAAGAACCAGCUGCUGCAGCAAGUCGACCACCUCAAGCAGGAGAUCUCCAGGCUGGUGCGCGAGAGGGACGCGUACAAGGAGAAAUACGAGAAGUUGGUGAGCAGCGGCUUCCGAGAAAACGGCUCGAGCAGCGACAACCCGUCCUCUCCCGAGUUUUUCAUAACUGAGCCCACUCGCAAGUUGGAGCCAUCAGUGGGAUACGCCACAUUUUGGAAGCCCCAGCAUCGUGUACUUACCAGUGUGUUCACAAAAUGAAAUUUGUGUGAGAGCUGUACAUUAAAAAAAAAAAAAAAUCAUUAUUAUUUGCAGUCAUGGAAAACCACCUACCCCUGACUUCUGUUUAGUCUCCUUUUUAAAUAAAAAUUACUGUGUUAGAGAAGAAGGCUAUUAAA